ACAGUUUUCAUAGUGACAGUGCUUCUCAGCCAAUCAAAAUCAAGGAAAGUUGUCAGAUCUGACAACUUGUCGGAUGAAAAUGUUGAUGAAACGCUCUCCUGAUUUUUUCCCUAAUAGACCACACCCUAAAGAUUGUACAUAACACCAAAGAGUGUUUAAGUAAAAUGUGUUCUAAUAAUACACAUAGGUGUUGAAGUAACACCCAUAGGUGUUGAACUAACACCAAAUAUAUAACAGUGUAGUAUAAUGACUGGUGUGGUCCACUAUAUGUACACCAAUCAUUGCCAGAGUUUUGCUCUGUACAGUCUGGUAUGUUACAUUCUAUUGGAGAGUAUCAGCAUAAGAUAUGAAGUUAUUUUAUGGAAAAAAAAUUGUUUAUGAGAUUACAGGUUUUGUACUCUUUAUUUGUCCUGGGAAUGAGUAGCAAAUUAAUAUGUUAUGAACAAAUUUGUAAAUCUUCAGUUUUUUGUCUCGCCUGCAUAGCAGAGAGAGACUAUAAGUGCCACUUUUCCAACGGCGGCGGCAGUGACAAAGGCGGCAUCGUCAUCAACAUCAAUUCUUAACCAAAUGUUAAGUUUUUUAAAUGUCAUUAUAACUUAGAAAGUAUAUGGGCCUAGUUCACGAAACUUGGACAUAAAAGUUAUCAAGUAUUACUAAAUAUCCUGCCUGAGUUUCAGGUCACAUGACCAAGGUCAAAGGUCAUUUAGGGUCAGUGAACUUUUGCCAUUGGGUAUUGUUGAUUUCCAUCAUAACUUUGAAAGUUUAGUGAUCUGGUUCAUGAAACUUGGACAUAAGAGUAACAAAGUAUCACUGAACAUCCUUUGUGAGUUUCAGUUCUUUUGACCAAGGUCAAAGGUCGUUUAGGGUCAACUUAGAUUAUGUUGGGGGAAUCAAAACGAAAUCUUAACCAAGAUUAAGUGUUUUAAAUGUCCUAACUCUGAAAGUAUAUGGAUCUAGGUCAUGAAACUUAGACAUAAGAGUAAUCAAGCAUCAGUGAACAUCCUGCAUGAGUCUCAGGUCACAUGACCAAGGUCAAUGAACUUUGGCUAUGAUGGGGGGUAUUUGUUGAAUUGCCAUAUAACUUUGAAAGUUUAUGGAUUUAGUUCAUGAAAUGUGGACUGAAGGGUAAUCAAGUAUCACUGAUCAUCUUGCACAAGUCUUCGGUCACACGAUCAAGUUCAAAUGUCAUUUAGGGUCAAUGAAUGUAGUAUUCUAACAUUCUAUGAAUGGCGUUUUUUGUUAAUGAUUAUUCUUUAUUCAUUUUCAAGGUCAGCACUGCUGCUAUAUUGAAUCGCGUAAUGCAGGCGAGACUGCCAGAGGCGCUGCGCUUGUUUUCAAAUUUAUGUUCAUGUUUUUAGCCCAUAAAUAUGAAAUAACAAUAUUCGGUUAAGUAGCAGACCUCACUUUUCAUAUGAUAUAUUUAUUAACUAAAAUUUUCAAUAUUGCACUAUGUUUGAUACUAAAGUCAAGUUUAUUUUACUUUGUGUGUUGCCAUCCACUCCCUUAUAUCUACAUGUAUGCCCAUGUUAUUUCAUGCAUAUCCUUCUAAAUUAAGUUUGUAAAUGCUGUGAAUUUUGUAUAUCUGAUGUAGAUCAAAAUUUCUAUGUUAUACAUGUGUGCCUCUUUAUGCAAUCAAAGUGAUGCAUGCAUGAAGUUUUUUUUUUCCUUCUUAUUUUGGGAGGCUUCUUUUCAUAUUCUACUGCCUAAAUCUGUAGCAUUGGAUAAACUUUAACAUUGCUAUUAAUAUAAAUUUUCCAGGGCUCUUAUGAGCAUGGGGGGGGGGGGGGGGGCAAAAUCACCCCAAGCCCCUUUGUAUUUUUUUUCCCUGACUCGAUGUCAAUGUGGACCUGGGGGCCAUUUCAUAAAGCUGUUCGUAAGUUAAGAGCGACUUUAAGAACGACUGGUGAACCUUUCUUGUGGUAAAUGAUAUUUACCAUUGUAUGUUCAUUGGUGAGUAUUUAGCAUAAGAAAGGGUCACCAGUUGUUCUUAAAAUUUCUGUUAACUUAUGAACAGCUUUAUGAAACACCCACCCGACCAUUAAAGAUUGUAUUCGAUUCUAAAUAUUGCCCAAAGAUAUGUGAGCCAAGUUACACAAAACUCAGAACAACUGGAUUAUAUUUUUGGUGUUGUAUCCAUAAGUAGGAUAUUACUUUUCCAGUGCCACCACGAGUGAUAAUUUCAGUCAAUCUUUCGUGUUCUAUGUUCACCCCCUUAACAUUUCGAUUCGUCUUUUUUUUUUCAUCACUUGCUUUUAGCUUGAUAAUGCUGAUGAACAGGCUGCACAGAUCAGGAGGGAACUCGACGGAAGACUCCAGCUAGCUGAACAAAUAUCAAAGACCAAGAAAGGUCCCAAGUUCAUUGUGAAGGAGAUGGAGAGUAUGUACGUGGACGAGCUUCAUUCGGCUGUUAACUUACUCAUGGCAAACCUGGAAAGUUUACCCGUCUCCAAGGGCAACACAGAUUCCAAAUACUCCCUGCAGAAACUGAAAAGAGCACAAAAUACAGCAGUUUCUAUGAUGGAAGUAACAGAGGAUUCAGAGCCAACCUUAUCCAAAUCAGACGUCGUUCUCUCAUUUACAUUGGAGGUAGUGGUGAUGGAAGUGCAAGGCUUGAAAUUCCUAGCACCGAACAGGAUCGUAUACUGCACCAUGGAAGUAGAAGGGGGUGAGAAACUACAGACAGACCAGGCAGAAGCAAGUAAACCAACUUGGGAUACGCAAGGGGACUUCACGACCAUCCACCCACUGCCUGUUGUCAAAAUCAAGCUUUACACAGAGAACACGGGAGUACUGAGUAUAGAUGACACCAUGCUAGGAAAGGUAGGACCAAACCCCCAUUCCAAUUUUAGAAUUCUCGCUAUCGACAAUAACCAAGAGUUCCCAGAGGUAGCUCAUGCCUUUCACUUUGUGUGA